CACUAAAGGCCCAGGUAUAAAAUGCACGGCCGCCACUGCGCUCUACUAACAUCCUAGCAGCUAAUAUGGCUGUUAGCUGUGUAAAUAUCUAAUUUUAGGAAAGAAAUAUAGGAUCUAAAUAUAUCCCAAUCUGUUUUUGUCCAUCCACACAAUGUUCCAAACAUUUCCAAACGAGGUGGAGGGAUGAGACAAGCCCCCAGGAAAAGGGCCUGGCUCUGAAACUAACUGUACCUAGUGGCCAAAUGGAGGAAUUACAGUUUUAGAGGUAAAUGGACUUCCCAGUAUGAACCCUUGAAUAGUUCUUAUUUAACCCAUUAGGUCCUAACAGUUGUAAAAUGCACGAGUAGCUGACUCCAGAGUUAUAUUUCUUUCCUCCGUUCAAACGUGUCAUGACCACGCCCACCAAGGAGACAGGAAGGGUACACCAUUUCAAACCAUUGGUGAGUUUGUAAUGCAGCAUCUUUGUAUUACGUCUUUGCGCACUUCCUGUAGCUGCUUCAAAGUAAAAGCCUUUAACAGAAAGACUUGACUAUGGCUUUUACUGUGGUGUAGCUUUUUAUGUUUUUGACUAAAGUGAGACAUGUCGCAGUGUGUCCACAUGUAGAGAUAAGAAAAGGAUGAUUGUCUCUUGCUUCCCAUGAGUCUGAAGCUCUCGGGCAUGUUAACUUUCAGCAUGUACAAACAUGCCCUUUGAAUAUUCUUUACCAAAAAACCACAUUGUUUCGAACUUUUCAAAUAUCUAUUUUUCUGCAGUAAGUCCAUGGCACCGGGUCCUGACUGCCGCCAUCUUCGCAGCCCUGCACAGAGCCGUUUGAUCUGGACUUUAUGUUUAUUCCUGGUGCUCGCUCUGUACUGAACUCCUCAUUUUAACUUCCCCCGUUUCAAUCAUUUCACUGUUAAACCUAAAUAAGGUGGCAGCUGGCUGGAGAGAGAAAGGAGCUGAAAGUCUUCUACUUGUAUAUCAAACGCAAGUAUUACUCUCCCAUCUGUUCAGUGGUUCCAGCUCCAGUCUGGUUGGAGCACCCAGCUGAUGGGUAGGUGGUUUGUUCACAUAGCUAACACUGAGACGUGUUUAGUGAAGCUGAUCUGCAUCUACAGCUGUUUGAAACUCUCACACACUGCUGUGUAUGUGUUUUGAACCUAUUGACCUUGUCUACAUCUCACCUGUUUCACUCACGUGCUGAGGUGUGAUGAAGAAAUCCAUCAAUGAAUCAAAACAUGGGCCCACAAACACAGUAUAGUAAGGACAGGGUGACUGCACCGUGCUGACCGAUCCAAACGGACUGGUUUUCAGCUGAUCGUCCCUUUCAUAUUUUUUGCCGGUCACAUUUACACACGUGUGUCGCCACAUGAUAGUUGUACGUCGGCACGCGGCGACACAGACGGUAAAGCUUAGCUUAUAGUCGGCGUAGUGAAACCAGAAGAGGAUGUAAUCACAGCCAGAGUGAUCUUUGAUGCUCAUUUUCAUUAGUAAGCUGAAGUAUAACUGCAUAGCAUCUUAAUUACUCAAAUAUAAGCGGAUAUUUUCGGUUUGGGCAAAUUAGUGUUGAGGCCCUCCUGUGCACACUGUGUUCCCUCAGAGACGGGCUUGAUUUCCUGCCUGCAUGUUGUUUACUAUCAUGACACGCCUGCAGCUUUCCUCUCCUCCUUUUCUCCCUGGCUUCACUUCAUACCGGGAAAUGAAAGGAAACUCCUCGAGUUAAAGCUUCUCUUCCACAUCAUGUGUUUGUGUGAUGAAUCAUGAAUACACAUGGCACACAUGCCUCCACUUAUGUUCAGAGAUCAUGAUGCAAACUGCUCUCCUCUGAGCAGGCUAAAGGCACGUAUGGGUGUGAACUGUCCCUCCCAAUGCUUGAACAAAUAGAGCCAUCCCAUCAUUCCAACAUCCCCAAAAAGAUCAAAGGAGAUGGACUUCUUCAGGACAAGAGGUGAAGAAAGCCACAAGGAAAACGGACAAGGUCCGUCCCGACGAGAUGGAUGUCACCAUGCUGACCGACGAGGGCCUGAGGGACGAGCUGCUAAAGCACGGAGUGGACGUGGGGCCCAUUUUGGCAUCCACCCGAAAGCUGUAUGAGAAGAAGCUGCAGAGGAUGCUGGACGACGGUCCUGCACAGCCGCCAAAGCUGCUUCUCACAGAGAUACAAGUGAACCACAACGGCAACUCUGAGUCCGACCUGUACAGUGACAAGGAGGAUGAAGUGACACCAGAACCAGAACCUGUGGCAGAACCUGAACCAGCUCCAGUGGUGGAGAGACCGGUGAGGAGCAGAGGGAAGACUCCCGUCACCACCCGCACCCGCAGCAGCCAGCACCACACGCUCAGAGUGGAAGACGUGGGGUUGAGUCUCCCCAAAGCCAACCAGGACUCAUGUCAGCAGCCGGCCACUCUGCUCAACACGGCUCUGUUGGAGGAACCUGAGACAAGGACUGAACCUUUAAGACCAGCUCGGGCGGGCUCUUUGACUUGUACUAAACCGAGUCCACAACCGGCUGUCGAGCCAUCCAGGCCUUCGUCCCCUCUGGCUCAGAUCCCCAAAGUGGGUCCGGUCCCCUUCAGCCCCUUGUGUAACAUCUCCCCCAUUAAGAGACAAGAGCACUACUGGUCUCUGUUGGACCAGUUUGGAUCUAAGGCUGCCGGUGUCUCUGUAGCAUGGGUGGAGAAGAUAGCAGCCAGCGACCAAACCCCGAAAGUGGAGAAGGAAGUUCUGAAGGAGCUGUUCCACAGUGACAUCAACAGUCCAACAGGAAUCACCGCCACCUGCCGGCGACCCAUUAGAGGAGCUGCCCGUCGCCCAGUGACCUCCAGUGACCUGUGGAAUGAUGAAAACCACCUCUUCUCUACAAAGACCACCAAGACAGCCACUUCCUCCUCCUCCUACACAGAGAGCUGCACUGUCAACAGAGUCAGCAGCCUGCCCCCUCCCUCCUCUUCCUCCAGGCUUCUGUCUGCAGCGCCCCCUGCAGGGCAGACCAAGGCAGCGUACCGCAGCGUGUCUCUGUGGAUAAAGCUCUUGCUGCUGGCCAUCCUGGCUGCUUUCCUGUUCUUGGUGUACCAGGCCAUGGAGACCAACACCAUCAACCCUUUUACAGCCCCAGACACAGAGGUGGCCGGUGGCAGCGCAGCAUAGAGAGCUCAGGAAGCGUCUGAGGGCACAGAAGCCCGCCUGCUUCUGUCUUUUCAAGUGUGAAUCUGUAUUGUAGCCAUUUUAUCCCCCGGUGCUGUGAAAUGACCCGACAUCUUCGCCCUGUUUCCCUCAACAGUUUCUCUCUUCUCCUUUUAUAUCGAUUCUCAGCGCAUCCCUUAAGAGAAGCAACGUAGCGUUUCAGUGACUCUGAAGGAUGUCCAUGACCUGUUGUGAAAGAACAUGUUUGACAGUCGGUGAGGUGACAACAGAGCCAGUCAUAGAAACAUGUGGACUCACUUUUUAUUACUGCGUUCAUUUUGUAUGCGUGUGUUUGUACUGAAUGUGUGUGGUUGAGGUUUAGCUCCACACUUUGCCUUAGUGUCUCUGUCAUUAACAGCCUUGAGGAUGGAGUUUGAACCUCACAUGACCAUCAUUGUUCAUGAGACAGGGAGGCUUAUUAUAAUCCUAAAUCUUCCUAAACCCUACAUCAAUAUUUUCUCUCUCUUCUAAUAAUUGAACAUCCCUGUGUAUUCUACUUAAUUAUGUAUUCAUUGUCACAAAUAUUGAAUAUCCACUCAAUAAACUAAUGUUAGUGUCUUUAAGAGCAUUUGAUUCAUGAACAACUUCAAUACAUUUUCACAUUUUCUGAUGA